AUCCGUCUCUGGUUUUCUUAAUGGCCGUCGGCGAAGGCCGUCAACCCAGCCGAUCCAGCUGAGUUGCUUCACGCCUUGGAAAGAUUUUAGCUUUCACCUAAAACAUAUAUGGAUUCUACGAUACGAUGGCUAACAUCGCCGUGCAAAGAAUAAAAAGGGAAUUUAAGGAAGUCGUCAAAAGCGAAGAGGUUGCCAAGUGUGCCAUCAAAGUAGAGCUGGUGAAUGACAACUACACAGAGCUUCGGGGUGAGAUAGCAGGCCCGCCAGACACGCCCUAUGAAGGAGGCACCUUUGUCCUGGAAAUCCAUGUCCCUGAGACGUACCCGUUCAACCCUCCUAAGGUUCGCUUCAUUACAAAAAUUUGGCAUCCGAACAUCAGCUCAGUGACAGGCGCUAUAUGCCUGGACAUUCUCAAGGACCAGUGGGCUGCAGCAAUGACCUUGCGGACAGUGCUGCUGUCUCUGCAAGCUCUGCUAGCUGCUGCUGAGCCCGACGACCCUCAGGAUGCUGUGGUGGCUCGCCAAUUCAAGGAGAACCCCGAGAUGUUCAAGCUGACAGCUCAGCACUGGGCGCAAGUCUAUGCUGGAGGUCCAAAGCACUUCCCAGACUUUGACGCAAAGAUCAAGAGGCUUCUGGACAUGGGAGUUGAAGAG